AUGAGUGUGGGAAGGGCCCACCACCACAGCUUCGUGUCCUCUGAAGAAGUAGGCCUGAGGCUAAAUACCAUGCCUGCUGUGGGUAGCUUCGGAAAUGGCAAGAUUCACACAAGACGCAAAUACCACAGCCGAUUUGUCAGCAAGGCUGGCCAGUGCAACAUCCAUUUCUCAAACAUGGAUGAGAAGUCCCAGCGGUACAUAUCUGACAUUUUCACAACGUGUGUGGACAUCCGCUGGCGAUACAUGUUCCUGCUAUUUAGCCUGGUGUUUGUGGUGUCCUGGCUAACAUUUGGCCUGGCAUUCUGGGUCAUCGGCCUCCUACACGGUGAUAUGGAUCACCCCGAAGAGGAUGACAGUUUUGUUCCUUGUGUCAUUAAGGUCAACACAUUUGUGGCAGCUUUCCUGUUCUCUGUUGAGACCCAGACAACCAUUGGAUAUGGAGCUCGUUGUGUGACAGAGGAAUGUCCGGUUGCUGUCUUCAUGGUGGUCUUUCAGUCCAUCAUGGGCUGCAUCAUCGACGCCUUCAUGAUUGGUGCCAUCAUGGCCAAGAUGGCACGGCCCAAGAAGCGAGCAGAGACUCUACUGUUCAGCCACAACGCAGUCAUCGCUAUGCGUGAUGGAAAGCUGUGCCUCAUGUUUAGGGUUGCUAAUCUAAGGAAGAGCCACAUUGUAGAAGCUCAUGUGAGAGCCCAGCUCGUCAAGCCCCGUUACACAGAGGAAGGUGAAUAUAUCCCCCUGGAUCAGCUUGACAUGAACGUAGGCUAUGACAAAGGCACGGACCGCCUGUUUCUGGUUGCACCCCUCACUGUCAUACAUGAGAUUGAUGAAGAAAGUCCACUGUUUGGCAUCAGUAAGCAAGAUCUUGAAACGUCUGACUUUGAGAUAGUAAUUAUACUUGAGGGGUUGGUGGAGGCCACAGCCAUGACGACGCAGGCACGCAGCUCUUACCUGCCCUCAGAGAUCCUGUGGGGUCACCGCUUUGAGCCUGUAAUCUUUGAGGAGAAAAGCCAGUACAGGAUAGAUUACGCCUACUUUCACAAAACAUUCGAAGUACCAUCCACCCCCAGGUGCAGCGCCAAGGACAUGGAGGAGAGAAAAUUCCCAACAUCUGGCGCCAACUCCUUCUGCUAUGAGAACGAGCUGGCCUUCAUCAGCAGAGAUGAGGAGGAGGAGGGAGAUGAGGAGAAAGACAAAAAGUGUUCAUCGGAGCUAGUAAACGAGCAAGCCACUCCUGGACAUGAACAAAUUUCCUCCCGUAAAGAAUCAGAGAUUUAA